CUGGCUUUACUUAUUGCGUCAUCUUGGCUAAUGCGCUGACAACUCAGCAUAUGAAAGACGGAAUAUACCUAAUAUUCACGCCGUUUUGAAACUUAAGAAAACUUAAUCUAAAACAUAUACAAGGAUUAAAGAAAUGGCAAGUCCACGAACAAAAAGGGUUUUGAAGGACGUUCGACUAAGAGAUGACAACAAUAAAUGCUUUGAAUGCCAUGCUCACAAUCCCCAGUGGGUCAGUGUCAGCUAUGGAAUAUGGAUAUGUCUAGAAUGUUCAGGAAAACACAGAGGAUUAGGUGUACACCUAAGUUUUGUAAGAUCUGUAUCAAUGGAUAAAUGGAAAGAUGCCGAGUUAGAGAAAAUGAAAGCAGGAGGGAACAAAAAGGCACUGGAGUUUUUUCAAUCCCAACCAGAUUACUCAGAUGGAAUGUCUAUACAAGAAAAAUAUAACUCUAAAGCUGCAGCUUUAUUGAGAGACAAGAUAUCCACAGAAGCGGAGGGAAAACCAUGGAAUAUAGCAACAUCUUCAGCAAAAAACUAUGUAGCAUAUAAACCUCAGAUCACCAUGCCAAAAUCAUCCAGUUUUACUAAACAACACUCCAAUGGUUAUAACAACUUUGGCUCUGAUGACAGUUACCAAGAUAACUAUCAGGAUGCAGAGUUUUACAAGAGUGAUGGCUUCAAAAAGAAGAGAGAUGACUUCUUUGACCGACAACAAAGGGAAAAUGCUUCAAGACCAGAUGAUCUUCCACCUAGUCAAGGAGGAAAAUAUGUAGGAUUUGGAAGCACUCCAGCCCCCCAGUCAAAGAAUGAUGAUUUCUUCGACUCAACGCUGUCAUCUCUAUCCACAGGCUGGUCAUCAUUUGCACUUGGAGCAACCAAGUUUGCCUCAGCUGCUUCUGAAAAGGCAUCAAAGGCUGCUAGUGUUGCCUCCAAGAAGACCAAGGAGUUUGGACAGACAGUUAAUGAAUCUGUCAUCAAACCCACAAAAGAUAAGGUAAAAGAAGGUAAAAUUCUGGAUGAUGUUUCAACAUCUAUGUCCAGUUUUGCCCACAGAGUAAAAGACGGAACCUUGAUCAACGACGUUGGAACCUCCAUGAGCGGGCUUGCAGCAAAGAUCAGCAAUAAGGGAUGGACCAAUUUUUCCUUAUGGGGUGAUACCAAAUCUCCAACUGAUGGCACAGGAGAAAAGUCAUCACUUCUUACUGGCAAAUCAGCAAACAGCAGUGAUCCCAGCCGGAACAAUUUGUUGGAAAAUGAAGAGGAAGAUUCGUGGGGAGGAUGGGAAGAAAAGGAGUCAUGGGAAAACAACAAGGAACCUCAAACCAAGAAGAAAAACAAACCUCAGAAACUCAGUGAAGAGGAUGAAUUUGAGGCAUGGCUUAAUGAUGACACACCCCUCCAGUCAUCAAAAUCAAAAACUAAAGAUGGAUGGGAUGACUGGGGAGAAGAAAAGACAGACAAAAAGAGUAAAAAGGCAGACAAAAGUGUGAAAAAAGCAGGAGACAAAUUGUCUGGGGGUGAUGGUUGGAGUGAUGUUAACUGGGAAUCAGACUUUUCUUCACCUCAGAAGCAGAAACAGCCUCUGGUGGGAAAUUUGUUGGACUUUGGUGAGGAGGAGACUGGGGGAACCUCCUCAGGCUGGGAUAAUGAGGUGUGGGCUGAGGAUGAGGAUGAAGAUAACUGGCAAAGUCUGGAGGAGAACUCCAAGUUAAAAUGAUCAUGGUUGUUGCUUAGUAUUUUAAUGUAAUUAUGUGUAUAUGCCAGUAUUUUCAUGAUACAAUCUCACCGUUUUCUUUCGGGAAAUUGUCAAGGACAAGAAGUCACAGUGAUUUUGUGAACUUUACAAAAGAUAUUCAAUCAUACAAUGAUCAUUUGAAUGUUUGGCAUUGUUGUAAAGUUUACAAAUCAUAAAUGUGCUUUAUGAUAUAAAUUGAGGAACAAUGCAUGAUUCAAUCAUUUUAUUAUCUGCCAUGAUUGUAUAGUCAAGGAAUUGAAUUCCAGAUUUUUAACAGUUUUGAUUUAUGACCUUGAAGAGAUCUUUGAUGUGGGUCUUUAUAGAUUUUUAAGGUUUUGGCUUUCUUUUUUAUUUACUGCAUAUGAAAAUGCAAUGUUGAGUCCAAAGUCUACUAUUCUUGAUAUUUCAUUUGUAUUAAUGAAAAGUUAAUCCAUUGUAAUUAGGAAAUUAUUAAUUCAUAAGAUAUAGUAGACUUGAUAACUGUGCAAUACUUAGAGUCAUGUUUGUUAAAGAUAUUGUUAAUAUAGCUUACAUGGACUGAGAGUUCAUGUGAGUUUAUGCUAUCACAAGGUGUCUGAUAUCCAGGGAGCUUGUACUUCACUGCAUUAAAGGGGUAUAGACAUGAUUUAAACUGAAAAUUUUCACAUUUUAUUUUUCCAUUUUUAAUGUUUACAAUGCGUAACAAAGGAUUUCUAAUUGUCAGCAAACAUUUUUUUUAAUGUCUUGUUGGGUUACAAGUGAGAUACAGCACUCGCAAUUCUUUGUUAUGUAAACAAAGCUUUACUUUUUACAGAUGUGCAAAAUGCUAAAGAGAUACCUAGUUAAAAUCUUAACUCCUUGUGAUCAAUGUCAGACACAUUGUUGUAAUGUUAUGCUGUAGAUGUAUUGUGUUUUGACAUUGUGUUUUUCCUGUUCAAUUCAGCAUCCAGUAAUAAGUAAAUUUAAAAUUGGUAUACAUUAUAUCAUCUUUAUCAACAAUUUAUUUGAAAUACUAAGACACUGAAUGUUAACAACAGAAGCAUACAUAUAGCAUUGAUUCUUGUUCUACAGGUAUGAAAGGCCUUUUAGAACAAUGAAAUCUUUCUGUCCUUUUUUUUUGUAGGGGGGGGGGGUUAAUGAAGAUUUGUCACCUUUUGACAUACUGGUAUAUCUAUUUAAGAUUGAUAUUUUCUUGUAACUACACUACAUAGGAAAAACUGUAGAGUGUGAUGGGGUUUUUUUGGGGGGGGGGGGGGGGAGGGAUGGUGCUAAUUUUGGUCUGUUUGGAUGGGUUCCAAAUCACAAAAAUCAUUUUAUAUCUAUAUAGUAAAUAUUCAAAAAUUAGCAACUGUAAAAUCAUUGACAUUCCUUUAUUUCCUGAAUUUGUCAAAUUUUACACCCACCAGAAAAACCAACUAUAUGGUGAAUAGGCACCCCAGUCAAUCCGAGGUUGACUGAAGCCACCAAAAGUGUUUAAUGCAUCAGGUGUAAAUGAUGGUCAGUCUCUUUCAUAAUUAUCCUUUUUUAAUUGAAAUGUAUGUCAAUGUUGUAAGGAUACUAUUUAUAUUGAAAUUGAUUUUCAUAAAUUGUUAUAUUUUGAUGUCAGUUUGGCAUUAGGUUUGUUGAAAGUGUUUCGAAGUCUUGCCACUGUCAUAAACAGACAGUGCUAUAUAUUGCAAAAUAAAACUAGAAUGUCAAAGAAUA